GUCUUUAUGAAGCGUCGUGAUGAGCUCGAGUGCUUCCAUGAGCCUUUCGGCGAGGCCUUCUACUACGGACCCGAGUCCACGAGUAAACGCUUCGAGGGCAACGAUGCUGCCCGCGAGGCUUCCGGUGCCAUCGACAAGACGUACCUGGAUACUGUCGACGAGAUUCUCGGAGACGGUCAGAGAGAGGGCAAGAGAAUCUUCGUCAAGGACAUGGCAUACUACCUGAUGCCCCCGGACGGGCAGCGCGCCCAGAUCGCCCCGUCCCUGGGCGGAGGCGUCGAGGCCGGCAACCCGACGGUCGUGCCCCUCUCGCUCCUGCGCAGGUUCCACUUCACCUUCCUGAUCCGACACCCGCGCCGGUCCAUCCCGUCGUACUACCGGACCACCAUCCCGCCGCUGCGCGACAUCACAAACUUCGAGUACAUGCCGGGCGAGUCCGGCUACGACGAGCUCGUCCGCCUCUUCGACUUCCUCGUCAACAGCGGCGUCGUCGGCCGCGACCAGCUCACCGUCAUCGACGCGGACGACAUGCUCGACGACCCGGAACCCAUCAUCCGCGAGUACUGCCGACGUACCGACAUCGACUUCUCCCCCGACAUGCUCGAGUGGGACGACGACGACAGGCGCCACGCCCAGAUCCACUUUGCCAAGUGGAACGGAUUCCACGACGAUGCUAUCCACAGUAACGCCCUGCGUCCCCGCACACAUGAACAGAAGAAACCCUCCAUCGAGGCUGAAGACGCCGAGUGGCUACAAAAGUAUGGUCCCGAAGGCCAGAGAGUCAUUCGCAAAACUGUCGACGCAAACAUCAGCAGCUACAAUUACCUGAAGCAAUUCUGCAUCAAACCCCAGGCGAAAUAG